AUGACGGUUUUGGUGUACUGUGCCUCGUCAGGAUACAUGACGGAUUGUGCAGUUGACAUUAAUAUUUGCAAUGGGAAGGACGAUAGCGGCCGGGAGAUGGAUGGAGGCAUAGCGAUCACAGCAGGUGCUGAUGAUGGGUGUGACGUUUACCGCCUCGCGACUGGAGUGGUCGCCUUCCUCGGGCCAGAAGCAAACGGGAGUGAAGAUGCUUUGAGACUUAUCGAAAAGGUCGGGAGCUAUGAGAUAUCUGCGCUCCGGAAGCAAGCCGGACGCGCCAAAUGCUCAGACCCACGGGACCGGAUUUAUGGGCUCCUUAGCCAGAUUUACGAGGACCAACGUGCGGAUAUUGUGCCGGACUAUACGAGGUGCGUGGCGGACAUUUACACAGAGACUGCCUGCGGCCAUAUACGAAGCUUGGGACGAGUGGACAUCUUCAUCCACUGUGAGCUCGGCGAGCAAUCAUCACCUCUUGGGCUUCCGAGCUGGGUGCCUGACUGGCCGACGCCUAUGGAAUCGGCGGAUAUAAAUGACAUGCCCACCGAGCUGUUCCAUGCCGGCCCUCCUGUUGCCCACAUGAACAGUACCAAGAUCGGGCCUGUUGGUGCCCGCAUUGCCCGGGUCGCCGUUGUUGUGCACCUCGACAAGUCGGCGACGGCGCUUCUGGGGAAUCUUGCUGUCGGACUUUGUGGGCUCAACAACUUUGCCGAAAAAUGGGUCCCGCCAGCAGCUCACGAGCCCGAAUACUUUAAGUGCUUGAGCAUGAUCGAGAUACUGACGAGUCCCGACAACCCAGAAGGGAGAUUGCCCAAAGUUCCCACCACGAGCUUCUGCCUGCGACUCUGCGGAGAGGCCUGCGCAUCUCAGGCCUUGUUUGUUACAAAGGAUGGGCACCUUGGCGCGGCGUUCAAGUCGGUGGUUGUAGGAGACUGGGUGGCUUCUUUGAUCGGUACUCGUGUACCAAUGGUGCUACGUCUCGUCGAUCAGGACUCGGAUGAUUACUACGUCGUCAUCGCAUGCUAUAUAGAAGGCAGGAUCCGCGGCGAAUCGCUCCUCGGGGAUCUGCCCGGGAAUUACUACGGAGUUAUGAGUUGUGGUAGGGGAUUGCGAGGCGCAACGGCAUUCAUGGACAUGGAGACCAGGACUAUACACCAGGACCCGAUGACUGAACCGUUCCUUCAGACUCUGCAGAAGCGAGGCUUCAUGAAAACCCCGUCGAUGGCGGAAUUGCAAAAGUCCGGAGCUUGGGACAUUCUGAGGAGGGCCGACCUUCCUAUCGAGACGUUCAAGUUGAUUUAA